UGUCGUGGUGUCAACAGAUACUGUGUGCUGUCGAUAUGAAGUUCCAAGUCAUUUUUAUCACUAAAUGCUGUUUUCGUCUUUGAAUUCCCCUGUUUGAGAAUGAGAGGCGUUAGUCACAAAAUUUUGUGGCUGUGUUUGUUGCUGUUAUUCGUAAACUCGUGCUUGUCGCAGCGUGGCAAAAGGGAAGACUCGCUGGACCUACGCGAGAGAGAUGACGACGACAGAGAGAAUGUAAACCACAACGACGAGACUUCAAGUAAAAAACAGCAAACAGCUGUUAAAGACGAGAAUGGGGAUGGAGUCGAGCCACAGCAGGGGCCGCAGAAGGAUGACCAGUCUCUCAGCAAGUCCAAUGACACAGACAACAGCAGCAAUGAGACCCUCCGGUCUACAACACCUGCCACCAAGCCGACGACUCCAGCUCCCCCUACACCCAAACCUAUUCUGCCCGUGCAGACAGGUGUCAAGGCCCAAGAAGAAGAGCAGUCCAGUGGGUUGACCAUAUUUUUUAGCCUGCUGGUUAUUGGUAUCUGCAUCAUAUUGGUGCACCUGCUUAUCAAGUUCAAGCUACAUUUUCUUCCGGAGAGUGUGGCUGUCGUGUCCCUUGGGAUUCUAAUGGGAGGCUUCAUUAAGAUCAUUGAGUUCCAGGAACUUGCCAACUGGAAGGAAGAGGAAAUGUUUAGACCCAACAUGUUCUUCCUUUUGCUGCUGCCGCCCAUCAUCUUUGAAUCAGGAUAUUCUUUACAUAAGGGAAACUUUUUCCAGAACAUAGGCUCCAUCACUCUCUUUGCUGUGAUUGGCACGGCUUUCUCUGCCUUCAUCGUAGGAGGAGGGAUCUAUUUCCUUGGGCAGGCUGAUGUGAUCUAUAAGAUGUCCAUGACUGAUAGCUUUGCAUUUGGCUCCCUGAUCUCGGCUGUGGACCCUGUGGCUACCAUUGCCAUCUUUAACGCCCUCAAUGUGGACCCAGUCCUCAACAUGCUGGUAUUUGGUGAGAGCAUCCUCAACGACGCCGUCUCCAUUGUCCUCACAAACACAGCAGAGGGGUUCUUUUCCCAGUCAGACAACUCCAUGGUGACGGGUUGGGAGACCUUUUUGCAAGCCUUGGGGUAUUUCCUCAAAAUGUUUUUUGGUUCUGCCGCCCUGGGAACCCUCACUGGACUCAUCUCAGCUCUUUUUCUAAAACACUUCGAUCUGAGAAAGACCCCUUCACUGGAGUUUGGUAUGAUGAUCAUCUUUGCGUACCUCCCCUACGGCCUGGCAGAGGGCAUCAAACUGUCUGGAAUAAUGUCCAUCCUGUUUGCUGGAAUCGUGAUGUCCCACUACACGCAUCAUAACUUGUCACCCGUCACACAGAUCCUCAUGCAGCAGACACUGCGCACAGUGGCCUUCAUGUGUGAGACAUGUGUCUUCGCCUUCCUUGGUCUGUCCAUCUUCAGCUUUCCUCAUAAAUUCGAGAUAUCCUUUGUCAUCUGGUGUAUAGUUUUGGUUCUUCUCGGCCGAGCAGUGAACAUCUUCCCCCUGUCGUUCCUCUUGAACUUUUUCAGAGACCACAAGAUCACACCUAAAAUGAUGUUCAUUAUGUGGUUUAGUGGUCUGCGAGGUGCUAUUCCCUAUGCCUUGAGCCUUCAUCUUGGCUUGGAGCCUAUUGAGAAACGACAGCUAAUCGGCACCACCACUAUCAUCAUUGUACUCUUCACCAUUCUCUUCCUCGGGGGCGGGACGAUGCCACUUAUUCGCCUCAUGGAUAUUGAGGAGAGCCAGUCAAGGCGAAAGAACAAGAAAGACGUUAAUCUCAGCAAGACACAGAAAAUGGGCAACACCAUUGAGUCUGAGCACCUAUCAGAACUGACAGAGGAGGAGUACGAGGCUCAGAUCUACCAGAGACAAGAUCUUAAGGGCUUUAUGUGGCUUGAUGCUAAAUACCUUAACCCCUUUUUCACUCGCAGGCUCACCCAGGAGGAUCUGUUACACGGCCGGAUCCAAAUGAAGACCCUCACAAAUAAGUGGUAUGAAGAAGUUCGCCAGGGACCCUCGGGCUCGGAGGAUGAUGAGGAUGAAGCAGAGCUCUUGUAAACGGAUCAAACACCAUUGUAUUCUGUGGAGACGCAUGAAUUGACAUUGUGUGUCCUUGACUGAGGAGUGUGUGUGCGUUUCUGUGGGAUUUUGUUGUUUUAUUUCUUUCUUUUGUCAGUGUCGGUCAUAUGCACAUUUUUGUUUACUUGCUUCUGUCUUCAUGUGACUGAAGAGUGGCUGUCCGCACUCAGACUGACUGGAAUGUGUCAAAUCACGGUGGAGUUGCUGGAAAACUAGCUGAAAAAUGACUUUCCUUGUAUGAAUGCCAAACUUUUACCUUCCUACAUUUUUCUUUUAUUUAGAAUUAGGCCUGAAGGGAAAAUGGCAGGGAAGUGGAGUGGGAUAAUUUCCAUGCAAAGCAAUACUGAAGCACCUUUUCACGUCUUCUCUUCCCUUUUAUAUUUGUCAUCGCGCUGUAGCACUGGGCUCUUUAUGGUCUGUUGGAGGUUUUUCUUUGUGAUAGGGAGAAGGAUGGAUUAUAUGGUUGCUAAUGGCUAUAUUUUUAAAGUAGAAUAUGUAAUAUGUCACAAGUGGCUGCUUUGAACAGUAAUUUUGUCCUCUCUGGGUUUUACUUUGCAUUUGUAUGCAUUAAUGAUUCUGAGUUAACACCUAUAUCCACACUAUGUAAUGAAAAUAAAACAGCAACAGUGAUGCAUGAGCUAGCCUUUCACCCUCCAGCAGCAGAUACACACCAGAGAGAGUUAAAACUAGUGAAACAUGUUUACUAAAUGUUAUAUUGCAUUAAAGAUGUGGCUCACAGGAGAACAGUUAUGCACCAGACAACUGGAAAAAGCUUUUAUUUUGAAGGAUACUCCCAGCGUGGACUCCCUCAAUGACUUUUCUCUGUUUACUUUCUGUCAUGGGUCUUGCCACUAAACUAUGUGAAAAAAGAACUAGAAAUGUUAAUUUUGUGAUUUCUUUCAAUAUUUCAAAUGAAGAUGCACACCAAUGAAUGUGAGGGUAAUGGGAAAAUUUUUAUUUGAAUGUUUUUUUUUUCUAUUUAUAUGUCAGAUAUUUAAGUUUUGUGUAUGGGAUAAAGGCUUUUAUACAAGCUCUGAGCACCACAGAGCAGAAGAUGUUUAUAAUGAAUAAAUAUGAAUAAAUAUUGA